AUGACAGUCGCAGACUUGAUAUCAAAGAUAUCUUUAACACACCAUAACUGGUCAUGGCAAAAUUUCACUAAACAGCCUUGGGCCCUUGCAGCUUCGCUUUUAACUGUUUUUAUCAUAGAUCUUACCAUUUACUUGUUUGCGAGUAAUAGUACUCGAACAUACCUAACCACUUCAGAAUUGAAAAACUAUCAUGCUGAGGGUGAUAUCAAGAAGUUUGAUUGGCAACUAUUCUUUGUGGCAGGUUCUUUACAUACAUUGAAAGAGAUAAUAGAUGGUGCUUUUUAUUUCAUGGUUUUAUGUGGUUUCCUAUAUUUGGCUAUAUUGGUUGGUUUAUUUCAGGGUGAUAGAGUAAAUGGUGCCUUGAUAUUUUAUUCACAUACUGCAGUCUACGUUUUAGUUCGGUUUAUUGGAGUAGGAUUGCCAAUACCUAGUCAAUAG